AUGUCAUACUAUUAUUAUUGGCAAGAUAGGCGGAAAGUGCCAGUUAUCCUAACGGAAGACGUGAAAGCUGCAAUCAUUGUGCUAAACAAAUCGCGACAAGAUUGCAAGUUAGUGAGGGCAACGAAUUUGUCUUCGCCGUCAAAUAUGGCAAAUCAGAAAAUUGUUUUAACAGGACACGAUGUUCUGCAGAAAACGUGCGCCAAAGUUCAGCUCGAGCAACCCAACCUGGUCAAGACAACAAACUUGAGAAAGUAUGUCGCCACCGUGAGCCAACUUGUGGACAUAAAUGAGUCCGAAAUGGGAUGGUUAGCAAACCAUCUUGGGCACGACAUUCAUGUCCACAAGGAAUUUUACAGAUUGCCACAGACAACACUGCAUGGAGACGGCUGUGGUAGGAAAUUUGCUAUGGCCGUAGACGAAGGUCGGCUUCACCUUUUUAAAGGAAAGAACCCAAGAGAUAUCAAGUUAGCAGGUAACAAAAAAUUGCAAUCCAAUUUGAAUAGAAAAAGUGGUCUUCUUUUCUGAGUAAAGUGUCUGUAUAUAGUUUGAAGGCUAAUGACGCAUCGACCACAAAAAUCUAAACAGCAACGAAACCUAAAGUGUCGAAGAAAACUAGUUUUAGGGAAAUACGCUAGUCGUUCUAUGCUUUAACUGUUAGCUUUGAUCACGCACGAGGAAGAUUUAUCAUCAGUGGACGAGUACAAGCCACCUCAUAGUUCCGACGAAUCUGAAGCGUCUGAAGGUGAAUUACCACAAGCAAAGAAAAAAGUCAGUUCAAUUCGCAAGUGA